CGCGCUCACGUCUGCUUCGCGUCAGCCCUGUGCCGGAAGUGACGUAUCGACGCUGAGGCGUUGUGUAUGCGGAAGUGAUGGACGCGGCUUGUGUUUGUGUUUCUGUAGGAGUCUGACGCGUCGGUGAAGCUGCGUGACGGGAUGUCAGGAUGCUGGAGUCUUAUGUUUCUCCUCUCUUGAUGAGUUAUGUGAACCGCUACAUAAAGAACCUGAAGCCGUCGGACCUGCAGCUGUCAUUAUGGGGCGGAGACGUGGUUCUGAGCAAACUGGACCUGAGACUGGACGUGCUGGAGCAGGAGCUCAAGCUGCCCUUCACCUUCCUGAGCGGCCACAUCCACGAGCUGCGCAUCCACGUGCCCUGGACCAAACUGAGCUCGGAGCCCGUGGUCAUCACCAUCAACACCAUGGAGUGCAUCCUCAAGCUCCGGGACGGAGUCAUGGAUGAUAAUGAAAGCUGUACGUCCAGUUCGACCAAUCCCAGCGCCUCUGAGAGCUCUAAGGCCGCGUCUAAACCUCGACGGGUGCAGCAGGCCCCCAGCGACCCUGACCUGCCCCCAGGGUAUGUGCAGAGCCUGAUUCGGCGAGUGGUGAAUAACGUCAAUAUCGUGGUCAAUAAUCUGAUUCUGAAGUAUGUGGAAGAUGACAUCGUGCUGUCGGUCAACAUCACGUCUGCGGAGUGCUACACGGUGGACGAUCUGUGGGACCGAGCCUUCAUGGACAUCGUUGGUGAGUUUGGUGAAUGAAUGCAGGGUCAGUGC